AUGGACCAGACAUCCAGCAAACGAAAGAGCUCGCUACCGACAGUAUCAUUGCAAGAGAUCAUCAACUCGCUUCUGGAGGAGAACCGGGUCGACGAGGGCGUGCGGUUCCUGAACUCUGUCAGCCCCAUGGCUGUCCUCAACAACAAAAAGCUCGUAAGCAACCUGCUGGCAAUGUUCAAACCCACGGAUGUGCUUGAGGAAGAUUUGAAGCAGCGCGGCAGCUUCUUACUCCAGGCUCUGGAAAAGAGCUCGACUGACACGAGCAAGGUGUGGAAGGUCGACGACGAGCGCCGCAAAUCGAUAGUUCAGGCGCAGCAUUUGAUUCUGACAUACCUGGUGCCUGUUAAGCAGUGCCCAGAGGAAUUUUUGGAUCUCCUGGAUGAACUCACCACGAUGCCAGCAGAUGGGACACCGGUGAACACAGUAGCGGCAAUGAUGGUGACAGCGAUAGGCGACAGCGGUCCUGACUCUACUACCAAGUCGCUUGGAGAUGGCAUGUAUCUUGCUGGAGCAGGUCUCGAUGGACCUGGCCCGAAAUAUCGGCUCGGCCUGGGGCUCCGUAUUCAUGCAGAUUGCCUCCGAAGGCUCCUAUGUCUCCUGGACCGCGUGUCCUACCCAGCACGCCUGUUAGAGGCGAUCAGUACCCGGUUCAACGCUGUGCUAGACAACCGGCACAACCCUCUCGAGCAAAAGAUCGCCUCGCUACUACUCGACCUUGUAGCCAUAGCCACCUCCUGCGGCACUAUCUCCCGGUUCGAGUGCGUGCAGCGGAUUGCAAAGCUUCUCGCCGAGAAGGAUACCGACCAGCAGUCAGCUGCUCAUCGAUCUCAUCAAAUCCGACCUGCUGGCUGUUGA